GUAAGUGUUAUUCUUACGCUGAAGUAUGAAGAACAACAAAAUGAUUUUAUGAGCAGAACAAUGGUUAGAUCUAGUGCUAUUUGUAAAAAUUGUACCGUAAGAUAUUCUGUAUAAUCUCAUAUAGUAUACGUAAGAUUUUAUUUUUUUUAAAUGAUAAAAUUAAACGUCUAUGCCAUUUUAUGCUCCUGAGAACUUGACGAAAAGUCCUCGUUGUACCUCCGAUGUAAAGUAAAAUUAGUUUCAUAAAUUAUUUAUAUUUAUAUAUGUAACCUUUAUAUUACUUUGAUUCUAUAAUAUUAUAUUUUUGAAUUUACCUAUAAUUCACUUAGUAAUAAUCCGUCAGUUUGACACCGAAAAAUGAAUAACUAGAUAUAUAGUGUUUAUAUGUAUCAUACAUAUACGCAAAAAAAUCGAGGGACUAAUAUAAGAUUUAAAUUUUAUCUUGUGUUACUUUGUGAUUUUAUUGUAUUUUUAUUUGAGAAAUGGUUAUUUAAAAAUUUAUUAAAUGAGCCAAACAAAGUAAUGUAAAAAGUAUUGAAACAAAUUAUAGCGAUAUAAAUCAUCUUGGAAACCAAAUAUAUGAAGAUCGAACAGGGUUGAUAACUCUCUUUGUAAACGAUGAUUUGAAUUAUUAGUCACGGGUGUGAAUUUAUUUCUCUUUCUAUAUCGCUUAUUCAAUCCCCUUAAUUUAAAUAGAUUUAAUGUAGGACUUGUAGAUCCUGAAAAAAUCAAUAAGUUUAAGAAUACUUUAGCUGUUUGAACUUCUCACCAGAAACUGAAGUCUUCGUACGUUUCCUAUCAGGACACGCCUCUUAUGAUAUAAUUCUAUGUUGUUGGCCUCUUCUUCAAAUUUGCGCCGGACCCGUCAUAUUUGCAUAUAUCAGUUUUUUAAGGUUAAAAUGACGGUUCCCGCCAAAUUUUGAAACUGUAGGCGGCGCUUCUCAAGAAUCAAAUGUUAUUAGAGGCUGUAGCGAAAAGUAGUCAUUUAAGUUGAUUGUUUUGUAAAAUAUCUGUCAAACCUUGCCAGCUCUCUUUGUAGAACUUUGCUUGGAAUUAAAGUUUAAUUAUUAUUCUCACUCUCUUCAGACUGACACUUUAAUCAAAAAAGAAGCUUGCAAAAUGGAAGAAGCGGAUUGUUCUAUUACAGCACCCAAUGGAACGAACGGUCUAGCAAAUGUGAAACUUGAGGAGGUGCAAGAAAAUGAAGUAAUUAUUAAGGAGGAGGAAGCGGAACCGGAAAUAGAUAUCAAUGUCAAUAACGUCGUUUGCAGUUUCAGUACAAGAUGCCACUUGAAUCUCAAGCAGAUUGCGAUGACUGGAAGGCACGUGAUUUAUAAAAGAGAAAAUUCCAUGGUCAACAUGAAAAUCAGGCGUCCAUAUUCGACAGCCUCAAUUUGGUCAUCGGGAAAAAUUACAUGUACGGGAACAACAACAGAAGAAGAAGCCAAAACAGCGGCUCGAAGAUUUGCCCGCACUUUACAAAAACUCGGUUUUAGAGCUAAAUUCUCCAACUUUCGAAUAGUUAACGUUCUUGCAACUGUGAACCUACCAUUCGGUGUCCGCUUAACGCAGUUCUCCCGCCAACAUCCUAAAGAAGCUAGCUAUGAACCAGAAUUGCACCCAGGUGUCACUUACCGAAUUAAAAAGCCUAAAGCAACUCUGAAAAUUUUCAGUACAGGCAGUAUUACCGUCACUGCACCUUGUAUUAGCAACGUGGAUGCAGCUAUACAGUUUAUUUAUCCCCUUGUGGAUGAAAAUAAAAUGCCGAUUGAUUUAGAGAGUCGAAGAAUGCGAAAUCCAGCUUUGAGUAGGCAAUUGAAAAACUUAGAUGCUGAGUUUAUCGUUGACGAUGAUGAUCAUAUGAGUGACCUCAACAAUGAUGACGAUAGUGAUUAGCUAUUUUUGGAAAUUUACUGUUGUUCAACUUUUUUAGUGCAAGAAGCAUAAAAAAAGCGUUUCUUAUAAACAAAUUUCUGUGUAACUGGGACUUGCAUAGUCUUAACAUUUUUUCAUUUAUAAAAUCGUACGUCUAAGCUCGUUAAGUGUUACACAUUACGUAUUCGUCAUUAUUUUAAUUUUCUUUGAAGCUUUGCUUCACUGAUUAAGAUAAAGCGUAUCAUUAAUAAAUUUUUCAAAUUUAUUUUAA